UUGCAGGAUGCCGUGAUGGGUAGCGAUGCGGGCUGACCAUGGAGUCCGUCCGGGCCUUCUACGAGCACCCGCCCUCCCACGCCACCAUGCCGGCCCGGGACUACGGAAGCGUGACACCGGGGAAGGCCAAGAAAUCCUGGGGUGACCUUCUCAAGUUCCGAUCUCGUGCCAAAGAACGUCCGCUAGAGCCCGUAGCUCCGGCUGCCCACACCGCCCCGGCGAGCCACAGCUACUUAGCAGAAUACCGGCAAAAGUAUGGUGCUUAUAGCGGGACCGUUGGUCGAGCUAGCUACCAAUCUAUGACGGUGGUGAAGAGCGUGACGCCGCCGCCUUUGCCGGCCGCCAAUGUGCCUCGCAGGUACCCAAACAACGGUUACUUGAAACACGGGGGCUCUGGCACUGUAUCGGCGGCAACAGGGGCCACCAUGUCCUCCACGGUGCGCUAUACAGACUGGUUUGGCUCCGUGGUGGGCCGAAGACCGCCAGUUCGGCCUCCACUGCCCGCCUUCUCGGCCCCUGCAGGCCCCGCCGUCCACCCACCAGACAAAGCCGUCGGUGUCGGAGCGUGGGACCAUUAUGUGACACUGGACCCUGUCUAUGAGGCCCCCAGAGUCGUGCCUGUCCAACUCUACACCAACGUGUGUAUGUGCCCAGACCAAGCCCUCAAUACCAAGGGGCGCAAGAAGAAGAAGUGCAAGAGGUGUGGGCGGAAGGUAGCCACUGUGCGCAACGCCACCUCUAGUGUUGCCACCAAGGUCCGCCCAGCCAUUCCGCUGAGCAUGUACCAACCUUCCCCUGCCCCUGCCCAAGCCCCGGUCCAUCACCCUUGGGGAUGGCAGGUCAUGGAAGAACGCGUCUACGAGCAAUAUGAGGUCAGGACCAGGCAUUAUUCACGCUCGCCUGCGCGGACUUUAAGCGACGAGGACGAGUCUCCCCCGCCCACGCCCGAAACGGUGCGCAGCGUAAAGAGUAUCCGCAGUGUGAAGAGUAUGAAGAGCAGCGACAGUUCGUCCACCAUCACCCGUGAAGCACUAGAGCCGUCUCGGACUGCUCCUCCUCCUCCAGUCAGCUCUCGUUCCCUUCCCCCUCCACCGGAGCCCCCUGUCCAUAGUGCGGCUAUGCACAGUGCCAAAGAAAAUCACCCCGAAGACCCUGAAGGCACCCGGAACUCCAUCCUGAUCGAGAAUCCCUCUGCGUAUCAGCUCCUCUCUUCCCAUCGAGCCCACGUUGGCUCCGACACUGAUGAGCUCAGUGACAAUGCUGUGGACAGCUUGACCGACCCAUGGGAGGGUGACUUUUCUCCGUCUGCUCAAGAAAGGGCUCACGGGAAGCAAGUCAAUGUUAUCACGAUUGGUGAUAAUCCAUUUCCCUCCCCUUCUUUCUCAAAUGAUAAACACACCAGUCACAAGAUCAGGAUAAACACGGACGAGGCUAAACCUUGUCUAAACGGUGAUAUUCUACAUGUAGAUGAUAAAAAGCUACAUACCAGUCAACUCCCAGUCACCAACCUUCAGCAGAAUCCCCAUAGCAAUGAAAGUAACUUAAGUGUUUACUCAAGCAAUAAAAAGGGGACCUCAAAGAUCUCGCCUUCUAGUACUAAGAACGGACCUAGUAGCAGAAAUUCUAGCAAUAAAUCUCGCCACAAGGAUACUUCUUCCGCUAACAAGAAGAUACAAAAUAACACACGCAAAUCGUCUGCAGAUAAAAUGGCAUCCUCAUCAGUCUCAAGGAAAAAGCUGAUUGAUCACAAGGCUUCUGCAGCAAACGGAAUCAACGGAGGCUCACACGGAGAAGUGAAAAAUCUCCAUGACUCCCGAGAGCUGCAACUAGGAGGUAACUGUGUCCGAAUUGCUGGUCAACGAAUGUUAGUCCUAACACCAGGGGCGCCUCCCCCGGACACCCGGUCAGGGUUCUCCAGCGGAGAAGAUGAAGUUACUGCUGAUGAUGACACAAGCGACUACCCGCAGUCCUCACCAACUACCACAAGGGGCUCUGACAGCGACACUCUCCCAGAGGAGGAGGAGGAGGAGCUACUACCUCUUGAUUCCUCUGGGCUUCAUUAUGCCCAACAGCAUUCCUCUCAAUCUGAUAAAUCUCUUAGCUCUAGUCUGGAUUCCUCAGACUAUCGUUCUGACACUAGCACUUCACAGAGUGACCGCUGGAUGUCUACGCGCGACACCAUAUAUGAGGAGGAAGAGGAAGAUCUAGAAGACCCACCAAAGGUGCAGAAUCACAUUGAUGAUGAUGCAGAGUCAACUUUGCUUGAGGAUGAAAGCGAGAAGGAUGAGCCCAGUGUGAGCUCAUCAUCUACUACCAGUUCUCCUGUAAGGCAUGAGAGCUUCCAUCCCACGCUAUCUGAGCUUCUUAAAGUCAAAUCAAUUUUGAAAAAACCUUCCUCGGUUGACACCAGUUCGGAGACAGACUCGGAUUUUUAUCUGCCAACGUUUACUGAAUUUAAGCAAAACCAACGAAAGAAAAAGCAGGUUCAGUUCCGAUCCUCUCAUGACGUCACAGUGAUAGAGGACGCUGGGGAAUCGAAGGGCCGCAAGGUGUCCUCCGUCCGGAGCCCAAAGAAAGACAGAGGGAAGGCAAAGGAGAGGCAAAAGAACACUUACAACUUACUUGCAGAUUUACAGGACGUUUAUUCUAGAGCUAAUAACCCGGUAAUUUAUAAAACUCAUUCAAAGAACGAAUUUAGUGAUAUAAGAUUGAAUGAUAUUCCACUGGCAAAUGGUGAAUGUGACAGUGAGUACAGAACUCCUGACUCAUUCGGUGAAGUUCUUACAUCUCGGGAGGAACUCUUGGAAGACUCGAGCCAGGAAAACGACCAGCGGCGGGACGACAAAAACAGCGACAGCGCCGCCGUCGGGGAAGCAGAAGAAUGGAAGGCUGAGCAAGGAUUCCGGGAACAAAAAGAAAUCUCACGGGGCAGUGAGGGUCUUCGGGAAGUGCUCUCACCCAUGGGGUACGUCCCAGUGUUUGGGGGCACCGAAGAAGCUCGCACGGCCACCAUUCGUGGACGUGGAGCAGCCCACGCCCGACCCACUAUCCUAGAAGCCUUUGCUCCAACUCCACCUAGCAGUGCUCUCCCUCCUUCCUCGAGUCCUCCUGUUGCCCCGCGAAGACGCAACAGAAACCGCUCGCUUAGCCCCGACGUGCCGGGAGACUCGACCAGGAGCGGACAGAGCAUUCUUGGUGGCCGAGGACGAAGGUCUUCCUUCCUCAAUAAUCUCCUCGGAGACGAGAAUCCCUAUGAGCAAAUAACUGAUCACAUCUAUGAGGAGCUGUUGCUACGCAACCAAUCCCCAAACCAUUCCUCUCUCGCGUGCCACGGCAGCGCCAGUAACAGUAGCUCGCCCCAUAAAUCCCCCUCUCCCGGAAAGUCAAUGUUCGAGGGAGCUUCCAAAUACGAAAUAUUAGAGUACCUCCAAGAUGCUCGUCGUAGGGUUGCCAUUUCUGCUGAUGAUGAUGAAGAAGUGAGAUUACAGGGCGACGUUGGUCCAUCUCUGCCGGCUGAGGUGGACCUGGAAGACGAGGAGGAGGAUCAGCUGGGCGUAGAGCCCCCUGAGGAUAACUUCACUGUGCUUACGUCGAGGAAUAGAGGCCACAGGUCCUCUAAUAUGAGCUCGAACUCUGACUCCUCUGAAAAUAGCGGCCUCUUGAGGUCAGAUAAG